AGCCGUCGCCUAAAACCUCGCUUCCAAAUACACAAAAAUUAAAUAACAAUAAUAAUAAAUAAUAAUAAUAAUAUUAUUAUUAUUGUUAUUGUUAUUAAUAUUAAUACUAAUUAACAUAAAAAUUCAAAAAUAAAAACAAACUGCAAGAACGCCCUUCUCUUUUCAUUCCCAUUUCCGUUCCUUCUUCUUCUUCUUCGUCUGAAAAAUCCUUUGCAACUAUGCCGGCCACCGAAUACCCAGGCUCCUUCCUGGGCCGUAUCAGCAUCCGCCGGAACCAAGUCAUCUCCAUGGACGGCGCUCACGAGCAGGAGCUCGAGGAUCUCGAGCUCUUUCAGAAGCAUGUUUCCGAGCGAUUUUCCGAUUUACUACCUCCUCCCCCUUCCGACGACAUUUCUCCCGAUCCAAUCCUCUCCAUCGCUUGGCUCAGAAAGCUUCUCGAUGAAUUCCUCUGCUGCGAGGCCCAAUUCAAGGCUCUCCUCAUCAUGGGUCGCGACCCUUCUCAAAUCGUCAAACCCCCUCUCGAUCGUCUCGUCCCUGAAUUUAAUGAUCGCGUCGUUAAAGCUUUGGAUAUCUGUAAUGCCGUUCUCCACGGAAUUGAAUCCGUCAGACAGUUUCAAAAGCUCGCUGAAAUCGCGAUUUCCGCUCUCGAUCAACGCCCGAUUGGGGAUGGACAGGUGAAACGAGCACGUAGGGCUUUGAAUUCUUUGAUUACAUCUAUGGCCGUUGAGGAUAAGGAUUUCACCAACAGUAAAUCCACUGAGAGAGCUUGGUCUUUCGGACGUCGCGGCGGCGGUGGUGUCGGUACCGGCACCGCCACACCACAACAUAAAGACCGAAUCGCAGGGCAAUUUAGGUCUCUGUCUUGGAGUAUGGCUAAAGGCUGGUCUGCAGCAAAGCAGAUUCAAGCGAUGUCGUCGAAUCUAGCGGCACCACGCGGUGGCGAAUCGUCGAGUUUGCCGCAGACGGUUUAUCUGAUGAGUACGGUUUUAGUAUUUGUAAUGUGGACUCUGGUGGCGGCGUUGCCUUGCCAGGAAAGAGGUGGGUUGCCGACGAAUUUUCCGGUGUCGAAACAGAUCAGUUGGGCGCAAUCGAUGAUCGGAUUGCAGGAGAAAAUCGCAGAGGAAUGGAAGAAGAAAGAGAAGAAAGGAAGUGCUGGAUUGCUGGAAGAGAUGCAAAGGAUGGAGAAAGUGAGUCAAUCGUUGAUGGAAUUUACAGAGUCAUUUACGUUCCCGUUGGAGGCAGAGAAGGCGGAGGAAGUGGCGGCGCAGGUGGGGGAACUGGCGGAGACUUGCAAGAAACUGGAGGAGGGAUUAGUGCCAUUACAGCAACAAAUCAGAGAAGUAUUUCAUAGGGUUGUGAGAAGCAGGACAGAGAUUGUUGAGCUUUUGGAAUAUACUGCAAAAGCAUCUUCUCCGAUUGUGUAACACAAAAUCAAACAAAGAAGAAGAAGAAGAAGCCCAUUAACAAAAAACGCCAUGAUUAUUAUUACAGCUUAAAGGAUCUUCGAUCUUCAACCAAUCAACUAUGCCGAACUUGGUGGCAUCCAUGUAGAUUUUGUAAGACCUUUUCUUUUUCCUUUUUAUUUUGGGUAUUAUUUCUUACUGAUGUUUAUUUAUUUUUUUUUAAUUUCUUUUUGUGUUAGAAAAAAAAGAUUUUAAGGUAAUUUGCAGAUGUAAUUGUGAUGAAGUUAUAUAUUUUGAUGAAAA